GCCUCCCUGAGCCAUCUGGCCCUUUCAGCCAUUUUCCCCAGCGGCCCUGAGUCGCUCCUCAUUCAGCUUGGCUCACUCGUUUGGAUCGCUCCUUCAUCGCGUUGCCUCAUUCCUCCGCCAUCCGCAGGGAAAAUCGCUCAAUCCGCCCUUCUACACAGUUCGUAUUGAGGCCUUUCUUGGUUGUCCUAACCCUUCCCUUGACACUGCUUCGCCAUGGCCGAUAAGGAGGAACAAAUUCAACGCGCCAAGUUGGCCGAGCAAGCCGAGCGGUAUGACGACAUGGCCGCCAGCAUGAAGGCUGUCACCGAGACCGGGGCCGAGCUCUCCAACGAAGAGAGGAAUCUAUUGUCCGUGGCCUACAAGAAUGUGGUAGGUGCCCGACGUUCGUCUUGGAGAGUGAUCUCCUCGAUCGAGCAGAAGACCGAAGGCUCCGAGCGCAAGCAGCAGAUGGCCAAGGAGUAUAGAGAAAAGAUUGAGAAAGAGCUCAAGGAGAUCUGCGGGGAUGUGCUCUCGCUCCUGGACCAGUUCCUCAUCGCUAAGGCCAGCAACGCCGAGAGCAAGGUCUUCUAUCUCAAAAUGAAGGGCGAUUACUACAGGUAUCUGGCUGAGGUGGCCACGGGCGAUGACCGCACCAAGGUGUUGGAAGACUCGCAAAAGGCCUACCAAGAGGCCUUCGAGAUCGCCAAGUCCAAGAUGCAGCCCACGCAUCCCAUCCGACUGGGUUUGGCCCUGAAUUUCUCUGUGUUCUACUACGAGAUCUUGAACUCUCCCGAGAAGGCUUGUCAACUGGCGAAGCAGGCGUUUGAUGAUGCUAUUGCCGAGCUUGAUACUCUUAACGAAGAUAGCUACAAGGACAGCACCUUGAUUAUGCAACUUCUCCGCGACAACCUAACCCUCUGGACCUCUGAUACUGCCGGAGAGGGUGAGGAGACUGGGGAUGCCGCCCCUGCCGAGUAGAAGAAACACACUUGAACAACAAAAAACAUUGAUGAUGAUGAUAACGAUGAUCACCAACAAUUACAACAACUACAAGAGGAAAGAAACGAGUUUCCAGAGAGAAAACAACAACACCAAUCGUUCUUUUUUUUGCUUUUUUUUAAAGACAAGAAACCCUGCUACUUCCGGGGGAGGCGAACAAAGGCCUCUCGUCCCACAGCAAGAGAGCCCGGAUCACCCUCCCCCCCGUUCAGCUCCUCUUUUAUGAUUUAAUUGCGACAAUGUACUACUAUCUUUGUUUUUAAGAAACGUUAUUCGGCGAAAAAUUGA